UGUUUGUUUGUUUUUUUGAUUAACUGCAAGUAGGAAUCGUCCUUGUCGAUGUGGUUUUGUACUUCAAAAAAGUUACAUAUAAAAGGAUUUCCAGACUGUUCUGCAGGUGAUUUGUGUGGAAAAUAAAUGCACUAAGAUGUUCUCUGUAGUUGCUGCUGUGUCUCUGUGCAUCAGCGCAGGUGUGCUGGUCCGGGGUGCUCCCUGCGAGCCUGUCAAGAUACCUAUGUGCAAGAGCAUGCCUUGGAACAUCACUAGAAUGCCCAACCAUCUCCAUCACAGCACCCAGGAGAAUGCCAUCUUGGCUAUUGAGCAGUAUGAAGAGUUGGUGAAUAUCGACUGCAGUUCAGUGCUGCGGUUCUUCCUUUGUGCCAUGUACGCACCCAUCUGUACCCUUGAAUUCCUUCACGACCCCAUCAAACCCUGCAAGUCUGUGUGCCAGAGAGCCCGCGAUGGUUGCGAGCCCAUCUUGCAGAGGUACAACCACAGCUGGCCAGAAAGCCUGGCGUGUGACGACUUACCUGUUUAUGACAGGGGGGUCUGCAUCUCUCCAGAGGCGAUUGUCACUGAUUUACCUGAAGAUGUGAAGUGGCUGGACUUUUCAAGGGACAUGAUGCCUCAUGAAACACCACAAACGUCUGACUGCAAAAGCUGGAGUUCAGAUAGUUGCAGAUGCAGAAAAAUUAAGCCAACGUUAACAACUUACCUUGAAAAGAAAUACAGCUAUGUUAUCCAUGCUAAAGUUAAAGGAGUAAGUAGAAGUGGCUGCAAUGAAAUAACAACCGUGGUGGAGGUUAAAGAGACGUUGAAGUCUUUAACUCCCAUCCCGCGUGCUCAUGUUCCUAUAUUCACCAACUCAUCCUGCCAGUGUCCACAGCUUUCCCCCAAUCAGGAUGUACUCAUCAUGUGCUACCAGGGGCGCUCAUGGCUGAUGCUGCUGGAAGGCUGCUUUGUUGAAAGAUGGAAAGAGCAACUAGUCAAGAGGUACAAGCGAUGGGAACAAAGAUUACAGGAACAGCAGCUGCAUGUAAACCAUGAAAAGAACCAGAAUGCUGGCCGCAGUAGACAAACCCCUAAACUAAAACCAAAGACGUCAAGUUCAACCCCUGGGAGUCCAAAGAAAACAGUAAAAAACAAGAACACUCAGAGAGAUGCAAGAUCCAAGAAACCAUAAGUGCAGUUGUGAAAUGUGUGACGUACUUGCAUGACAAGGGAUGGGCAGAUCCUUCACUGUCCUCAUACACUAUUCCUGCAGCAUCUCACAUCACAUUACAGCCAGUGCCAAUGGUUUUGCACUAAACUUGUGGUUAUCAUUUAUCAAGCUUGCUCACAUUUCAUAAUUAUCACAAUGUGUGCUCUCCCAUAUUCCUUGCUGACAGCAUCUGGUUAUGCCUUUUGUGACAGUACUGUGUGCCAAAAAAUAGCUAAUUAUGAUGUUUUCAAAUAUCUGGUUUUUCUUUUUGUUUACACUUUUUGAAAAUGUUCCUUUCUUAGAAUGUGUGUGUACUUCAGACUGGCUACUGGCUUCUGUUGUUUUCUCCUUAUCUAAAAGUUAUCUGUAUGAAAAAAAGGUGUUCCUUAGGGACUUGCAAAAUAACAUGUCAGUGUUGAUAAGUCCCUGGCUUUGACUGAAUCUCUGUCCUUUCAUUUGGGCUAAUUGGAAGCUAUUUUGUUAGUAAAUGAUGUGACCCAUAUGCAGGCCAUAUGCAAUGCCAAAAUGAACCUCAAACUAAUUCAACAAUAAAAGUAGCACUCAGAAGAACUGUUGGGUUGCUUAGAUGCUUUUUCAAUUCUAACAAACAGUACCGGAUAUUUUUAUUUUUAUUUUGCCAGGACAAUAUAAGGUGAAUCUAGUUAGAAUUUGGAUACAUGCAUACUUUUCAUAACAGUUUUUAAAGAUAAAUUGCUCCAUACAGAGCAAAAGAUAAUUGAAUGAGGCAUUAACAUCUCUUAGGUGUUUCAUGUAAAAAAAAAAAUAUUAUCAGUAUAAAAAAACACAGUCUGAAAAAAGCUUUUAUAUUAGGUGUCAUUUAAACCUUUCUCUUACUGGAAGGGGUUUCAGAAGUACAUUAGCUUGUCUCCCAGAGUGGUAAGCAGAUAUACAGGAAAGGGAAACUUGAGUCCAUAAUAUUCUACUGAUAAUUGGACAAUAUAAACACUGUUGACUGUCAGUGUAUGCUUUCUGAUAAAGUAAAAUAAAAAUAAUAAUAAACAAAAAACAAUAUUAGCAAAUAAAAAGAACAAGUUUAAUUAAAAUGAAGGUUCAUAUUCAGCAGGUUCACUGAUCACUUAUGGAAGCAAGGCCUGGAUAAUCAAAAUGAGUGCUACUUUGAAGUUGUAAUAAAUGUACAUUACAAGGAAUUUUGAUUUAUUUCAGGCAUAAUAAGUAAGUGAAUCGCAGGUUCACCUUUUUUUAACAUUUGUAUUUUUUUUUAAGCAGGCUUAAUUGCAUGCCUCAAUGUUGUUUUUUAAUGAGUUGAACAAAACUACUGGAACAGCUUUUUAAAAAUAUAUGUCACAUUAUUUUUUAAUAGAUUGUUAGGAUUAAAAAUAGGAUUUUUUAAUGCUUGUCUCCACCACAAUGUGCAGCAUUCCCUCAUACAUUUUCAAAGUUCAACAUUCCUGUUACAGAAAUAAAAUAUAUUACUGCAAAUGUCUAAGAAGUGUUUUGUUCAAAGGCUGCUUUUAAUGCAUGUCUAUGUUAAAAGCUGUUGUCCUGGUAAUGUAUCGUAUACAUUGUGGGUUUACCCUUUAUUGAAUGAGUUUUUUUUCUCAACAUGAUCACAUUUAAUCCCAAGACACUGGCAGGGAAAACUUUGUAAAAAUGUUACAAGGGUCUAUUCACUUAAUUAGGUGACUGCUGCUCACUUAAUUCACAAUUGAUUAUUACACAUUACAUACUUUUGGUAGCGUUGUCAGGUAUAUGUAUUGUACAACUGCGGUUGAAAGGAUUCAAGGAGCCAUUAGACCCAUCUUUGCUUGUCCAAUUCCCAGUAGCUGAAUGAUCUCACAACUUUGUCAAGUUGGCUCUUAAAGGAUCCAAGUGAUUUAGGAUCACUAUCAUGACUAGGUAACCAAUUCCAUACCCUCACCACUCUUUGUGUGAAUAAGUGUCUCCUCACAGUUCUAAGUGUACUGUAUCUCCACUUCAUUUCCAGCUGUGUUCUCUGGUUGUGGUUUCUGUGCUACUUAAAGUAUUGAUUGGGAUGAACUAUGUCAACUCCUUUAAUCAUGCCCCCCAACCCACCCCCUAAUUUUCUUUGUUUUAGCUAAAUAGAUUCAGUUCUUUCAGCCUGCCUCAUAGCUCAUAAUCAACUGUCUUUAACAGGCUCAGCUUGCAUUUUGAACACUGUAUUGCUGCUCAUUUCUGUCUAAAUAAUUGUCCCUCCAAUCACAUUGCUGUUUUCUGUUUCAACAAUGGCAGUGAUUCAGGGAGAUGCUUCUUUUAAUUCCACUUGUUCAGCAGUGCACAUAUCUUUCAUUAACUGCAUUUUUUUAAAAGCUGAACAAUUACAAAUUGUUACCAAAUGAAAAACUAAUAACUUAAUUUAUAUAACUUGUGUCAAU